AAGGAUGAUUCCCAGAGACUUCUGGAAAGCUUCAACUCUGAUGAAAAAGAGCACACACUCAUGAAAAGUAAAGCAGAACCCUAUACGUCAAAAGAGGAAAUUCUGUUGGAGGUAAAUGAGUCUCCUCUGAACAGUAACAUCACGGCAUUUGCAUUAAAGGCAAAAGUCAUCUAUCCCAUCAAUCAGAAAUUUAGGCCUUUGGCAGAUGGCUCAUCCAAUCCAUCUUUGCAUGAGAAUCCAAAGCAGGCGGUUCUGCCUAAUCAGGUCAUGGAGACAUCUACGUCAGGCAGCCUGGGAUCCCUGAGCCAGGGAGACAAAGAGGACUGCAGUUCCUCUACAACAAUACAUUCCACAACAAGCGAUGACAGAUUUCAGGCUCGAACCUUCCUCAAGGUGACCAGCUUCCCUGAAGUGUUAAUGUGUGAGAGUUUUGAUGUUAAGCUCUGCCUUUGCAGUCUUAUUUUAAAAGAUCUCAUGCUUCUUGAUACUGAACUCAGAAAAGAAAAACGUGUGGUAGGUACUCAUCUUGUUUAUAGCU